AUGGGGAGAUAUAAGCAAUUAAGUGUACAUGUGUUGGAUGUGACUAUGGUUGCUUUGUUGUUCUUCCUUGUAGCUGAUUGUCAUCCUCACAAUGGGUAUUGGGAUAUUAUUUGGAAUAACACCGGACCUAGUACUACUCGAGCAAAGCUUUCAGGAACAAGUUUUGAGGUGAUAAUUAAUAAUGAAAAUCAGACAGAAAUUUCAUUUAAAAGAACAUGGAAUGCUUCUCAAUCAAAUGAACCUCCCCUAAACAUUGAUAAAAGGUUUAUAAUACUACGCAAUACAUCUGGAUUUUAUACGUAUUCAAUCGUUGAACGUUUAAAAGGAUGGCCAAUUUCGUAUAUACAAAAUCUCAGGCUGGUGUUCAAGCUUCAAGAAAACAUGUUUUAUUAUAUGGCUGUUUCUGAUGAGAGGCAACGUGUCAUGCCAACAUCAAUGGAUCGAAAGAAGGGUCAAGUUCUUGACUAUAAAGAAGCUGUUCAUCUCACUAAUUCGACUAAUCCAAAUUUAAAUGGAGAGGUGGAUGACAAGUAUUUCUAUGCAAGUGAUAAUAAAGAUGGUAAAGUUUAUGGAUGGGUUAGUUCUACUAGUCCACCAUUAGGAUUUUGGAUGAUUAAUCCAAGUAAUGAAUAUCGUACUGGAGGACCUUUUAGACAAGACCUUACUACACAUAUUGGUCCAACUGUACUUAGUAUAUUUGUGAGUACACAUUAUGCUGGAGAGGAUUUAGCAAUUAAAUUUGGACAAGGAGAACCAUGGAAAAAAGUUAUUGGUCCUGUUUUUGUGUAUUUAAAUUCAAAUGCUGCAGCUAAGGAAAAUCCUUCUAUACUGUGGAAUGAUGCUAAGACAAGAAUGAAUCAAGAAGUUGCAAGCUGGCCUUAUGAUUUUCCAGUUUCAGAAGAUUUUAUCAGUAAACAUAUUGUGCCAGCAUCCAAUGCUUAUAUAGGAUUAGCACCACUAGGAGAAGCUGGAUCUUGGCAAAGAGAAAACAAAGGUUAUCAAUUUUGGACAAAAACUCAUGAUAAUGGAAAUUUCACCAUAAAAAAUGUCAUAUCCGGUACAUAUAAUUUGUAUGCAACAAUCCCAGGAGUUCUUGGAGAUUAUAAAUACACUUCAAUUGUAAAUGUUACUCCAGGUUCAAAUAUUAAAUUAGGUGAUUUAUUGUAUAAUCCUCCAAGAAAUGGAGUUACAAUUUGGGAAAUUGGUGUACCAGAUAGAACUGCUGCUGAAUUUUUUAUUCCAAAUCCACCUCCACAAUUCAAAGUUCACAAAUACAAAAAUAAUUCUGAAUCAAGAUUUAGACAAUAUGGUUUGUGGAAACAAUAUAGUGUUUUGUAUCCUAAAACUGAUCUUGUCUACAAUGUUGAGACUAGUAACUACUCAAGAGAUUGGUUUUAUGCUCAUGUUACAAGGAAAAUUGGAAACAAUACAUAUAAAGCUAUUACAUGGAAAAUUAUAUUUAAUCUUGCCAAUGUUAGUAAUGCUUCAAAUUACACUCUCCAAUUGGCUAUUGCUGCAGCUUCACAAGCUGAACUUCAAGUUCGUGUCAACUACGAAAAUGCAAAAACACCUCAUUUUACAACAGGACAAAUAGGGGGAAGUAAUGCAAUUGCAAGACAUGGAAUUCAUGGAUUAUAUUGGAUUUAUAGCAUUGGAAUACAAGGAAAAUUGCUUGUCAAUGGAGCAAACACUAUUUUUCUUUCACAAAUAUUGGCUCUUAGCCCAUUUCAAGGUGUAAUGUAUGAUUAUCUUCGUUUUGAAGGACCUCAUCAGUAAUAAAAAAAAUUAUUAUUUUUUA